GUAAAACAUGUCCGACAGUAUUACAUAUUAGUAAUAUUGUUAGGGCAGUCGACCUCUAGAAGGUUUUCUCAAGUCGAAAUAAUUAAUUAGGCAAUUUUUUUUACUUGAAUUAUAACCUCUGGAAAAUAGUGCCAGACAAAGAAAGGAAAAAAGAAUUUUAUUUACACUUGAAACCCGGAAUAGCGAUACACACAAAAGACCAAAAGAGAUUGAGAAACGUCCUUGGCCAUUCGCGUUUGACGGCCUUUUUUUUUUCUCUCUUUCAAUUGCAGCUCUUUGGGGAUUUUACACCACAGACAAGAGAAUCGUUCUCUUCUAUAUUCCUUUCCAAUUUUCCAACCAAAUCAGUUGUUCUUCAGCUGAUGAGAUCCAAUUGCAGUGUCUUAGUGGAACAGAUUUGCUGGUGUACUAACAUACACCAAGUGCUUAUCAACGUUCAUUGUUUCGUAAAAGCAGAUACAUCAUGGAUUCUGAUGAGGAAAUAAUGUACGAUGAUUAUGAUGAUUCUGGUAACGAGUCCAGUGGCGAUGAUGAUGUUGAGUUUGCAAUGGUAGAAGAACCCAAUAAUCCCAAAGACAGGCAAGAACUCGAUGAAUAUCCAUACGAAGUUCUGACCACUGAACAAAUUCUUCAGCACAUGAAUGAGUGUAUGAAAGAAGUUAACAUAGUUGUUGAGAUGCCCUCCACUGUUAUUCGAAUGUUGCUUAACCAUUUUCGUUGGGAUAAAGAGAAACUAAUGGAGAGAUACUAUGAUGGAGAUCCAGAAAAACUUUUUACAGAAGCUCAUGUUGCAAGUCCAUUUGCCAAAGCUGCAGUUCCAGCUAAAGUUGCCAAGAAAGAUCAGCGCCGUGCAGGUCCAAGUGUCGAAGAGUGUGAGAUUUGUUUAUCAACCUUACCUUCGUCUGUGAUGUCUGGAUUGGAGUGUGGGCACCGGUUUUGCGUCUCGUGCUGGGCCGAAUAUCUCACCACUAAGAUCAUGUCAGAAGGUAUCGGCCAAACUAUAUCGUGUGCCGCUCACAAUUGUGAAAUUCUUAUUGAUGAUGCCACUGUCAUGAAACUCGUACCUGACGCCAAAGUACGACUCAAGUAUCAACAUCUCAUCACCAAUAGCUUUGUGGAGUGUAAUCGAUUAUUAAGGUGGUGCCCAAGUCCGGAUUGUAGCAGUGUUCUUCGAGUUCAGCACGUCGAAUCACGUCCAGUUACUUGUCGUUGCGGACAUACGUUCUGUUUUGCAUGUGGUAACAAUUGGCACGAGCCAGUUCGCUGCACACUUCUCCGGAAGUGGAUAAAAAAGUGUGACGAUGACUCUGAAACUUCCAAUUGGAUUGCAGCUAACACCAAGGAAUGCCCUAAAUGCAAAGCUACGAUUGAAAAAGAUGGAGGAUGCAAUCACAUGGUUUGCAAAAACUCUCAUUGUAAAACCGAAUUUUGCUGGGUUUGUCUCGGACCAUGGGAGCCUCAUGGAACAUCUUGGUACAAUUGCAAUCGUUACGACGAAGACGAAGCCCGAGCAGCUAGAGAUGCCCAAGAGCGUUCAAGGGCGGCGCUGCAGCGUUACCUCUUUUACUGCAAUCGCUACAUGAAUCACAUGCAGUCGCUUCGUCUGGAGCACAAGCAUUACGCCACCGUUAAGGAGAAGAUGGAGGAAAUGCAGCAGCACAACAUGUCAUGGAUUGAGGUACAAUUCUUGAAAAAGGCCGUUGACAUUCUGUGCCAAUGCCGACAGACUUUGAUGUACACCUACGUGUUCGCCUACUAUCUAAAGAAAAAUAAUCAGUCAGUCAUUUUUGAGGACAAUCAGAGAGAUUUGGAAACGGCAACUGAGAAGCUUUCUGAAUACCUUGAGCGCGACAUCACGCAAGAGAACCUCGUCGAUAUCAAACAGAAGGUCCAAGAUAAAUACAGAUACUGUGACAGCCGGAGAAGAGUAUUGGCUGAACACGUUUACGAGGGUUAUGACAAGGAGUGGUGGGAGUACAAUGACUAAUGCAAAUUGAACGAAAGGAGUGCGCCAACCCUUGUUGUGUCAAAAUUUCGGAACGCAACAAAAAGUCGGAAGAGGCACGAGCGAGUUCAUUUAGUCUCCUUUAGAAGAAGGAAAGAAUCAAGGUUGGAACGACAACUGCGUCAGCUUUCGUUCGUCUAGUUUGAAUACUUUGAAUUAACGCUCCUGUCUCGAAAAUUAUUUCAAAAUUUUUUUUCUAUCUCUCUUUGUAUGUGCGGAAUGCUCGUUUUGCACUCUGCUAUACAUUAAACAAUCGUUUAUCCCUCCCAAAUCUUUUUCGCCCUUUUUUGUUGUAUUGCUUUCAAUCCAUUAUUGUACAUGUACCCUUUUGCGGCGAAAUGGAUACAUUUAUAUCCGCGACUUUGCGGAACGAUA